CCCAGCAGAGAGCGCACAAAUCGGACAGAGAACUUUGGAAAAAAUCAAAGGGAAGGAAAGAAAGACUUUGACAGUGGAGACAUGACCGUUCCACAACUUGCACUUUUCUGUCUGUUCUGCUGCGGAUGUUGGCGAUCCACAGACGCUAGUCAUAUCCAGAGAUUGGAAGAUGAACUUCUCUUCAGAACGGUUCGAGGAGAUGAACCCGCUCAACUCUCACGGAGAGACGACGACGAGCGCCAGCAAGUCCAGAAUCUUUUCAAAAGGUUCCUGUUUCAUUAUUCAAAAGCGAGGACCUCUGCUGACCCAGAGGAGAACAUGUCCGACUCUGUUCACCCUCUGAUGAGACUUUCGCCGAAGCUGUCUCAGCGGAGGAAGAAGACGGUGGUGCUUCUGAAUAUUUGAGAUGGGUCACCGCAACAUCGUGCUUGACCAAACAAAACAAAACAAAAAACGUGAGGGCUCAGCUCAGGAUGUUACAGUGCGGACGUGGCGUUCCAGGAGGAACGACGGCGCGCUCGAAUUGCUUGUGAACGUGACUUAGACG